AUGGGGAGGACAGGGUUGGGUCCAGUUAUCCGGAAUCAUCAAGGUGAGCUGUUGGCAGCAAUGAGCGUUACGCGUAUAGGUCUACUUGACCCAGCAGCAGUUGAAGCAUUAGCAACAAGCAUGGCUCUUCAAUUAGCUAGGGACAGGGGUUUCUUGCGGAUCAAUCUUGAAGGGGAUGUGAAGAUGGUACUUGAAGCAGUAAUGGCUGAUGAUCCAGGCUGGAGCCGCAUUGGUCACCUAGUGGAAGAUGUUCGUUUUGCUCUCCAACAUUUCAACAGCUGGACGAUGGCCUACGUGAAACGAGAAGCAAAUCAGGCUACCCAAAAGGUGGCUAAGAUGGCAACGGCUCAACCUUUGGAUAGAACGUGGAGCUCUGAUUUCCCUGACGUGUUACGUGAGAUCUGUGCUUCAGAGCUGAGUGCUCUAAAUACUUGUUGA